CCACCAAGCUUUGUCGCAUUGUCACAAUACCAUCUCGCGCAGCAUUGACACGACCUCCUCACGUAUAUCGCCACGAUGCCAUCCGCCAUCAGCCUAGCGAAGUUCGUCGGUACGAUCAGUCUUGGGUUGCUCACAGGCGUAUCAUACACUCUAUCGACCCAAUCACUCCCUAGCCUACUCACUCUGCCCUCCGCGAAGCCAGCCGCAUACACUUUGAACCAAACCACUCGCCUCGCAACCCUGCACAUCCGAACGCUAUCUACACUGUCCUCGGCCAGCUUUCUCCUUGCCUUCGCACUUUCGCCAUCGCGGAUCAGACACCCUUAUCUCCUCUGGACGGCACUGGUCGCAGGCGCAGGCGGAGCGCUUAACCUAUUGAUGGACAGGGACGCGAAGUCUCCUGUUGCCAAGCGGGAGACUGGCGAGGUCAACGGCGAGCAGGUGGAGAAGAGAGCGAGAGAUCAGCAGAGACUCGAAUUUAUCCGCACCGCUGUCUCUGGACUGGGUUUGACGAUGAGUGUGAUCGGGAUUUGGGGCGAUGGUGCGUAGAAGAAAGGCGACUAUUAUGGCGUUAGGGAGCGAUGCUAUGCGUGUGUUGAUUCUAUGAAGGAAUGGGCAUGACAGAGAAGAAAGAGCAUGAGACGAAGGUCGCAGGAGGAUGCAUCAGUAGAGAGCGGAUCCCAUCUCAGUCUGUGGUGAAAUAAUAUAUCCUGCUCCAUAUACGGUCACAUGGGAAGAAAGCCAUAAAGUGCAUCGAUCGGGUGCACUAGCCCAGCUGGCUGUUGAGCUCUUGCGAUAAUGUGAUUCGGUCGCACUGUUGCCGAGUGAUGGCGAGUACUGGACGUGCGUCCUGCAGCUGAAGACUCGAUCGGUCAUGCCCUCAUUCAUUUC